AUGGAUCACUCGCCCGCCAAGUUCGUCCUGCUCCUCAUGGCGGCAGCGGCAACCUGGAGCAGCGUCUUCCCCGUCGCCGACGCGCGGUCGGCUCGUGUAAUCACCACGGGUUGCACACUGCGCGAGCGGGAAGCCCUGCUGGCCUUCAAGAAGGGCAUCAACGACACUGAGGACGACCUCGUGUCGUGGCACGAGGGGAACCAAGAUUGCUGCCGAUGGGAAGGCAUCACCUGUGACAACGCAACCGGCCAUGUCGUGGGGCUUGACCUAGGCUUCUGGACUUCUUUCUUGGCCGACCAGAUAAGUCCUUCCUUACUUUCUCUUGAGCAUUUGGAGAGCCUCAGCCUCCAGUACUCGGGGCUGUGCGACGAUGCACAUCAUAUUCCAGAGUUCCUGGGUUCUUUCAAGAAUUUGACACAUCUCACUCUCUUCGGCAUGCUUUGCCAUGGCGAAGCGCCUCCUCACCUCGGCAACCUGUCGAAGCUGGAGCAUCUCGUCCUCUCCGCCCCUGCUACCAGCAAAGAGAGGGACCUAAAAGAUAUCUCAUGGUUAACCCGUUUACCUCUCUUGUCAUAUCUUGGCUUGAGCUAUUUGGACCUCAGCUCAGUUGUUGAUUGGCCUCUUGUGGUGAGCAUGACCCCCUCCUUGGAGUACCUCGACCUUUCUAACUGCUCACUUCCAAGUGCAGCCCGGUCCCUCCCACACCUAAACACCACAAAUCUUAAGCACCUUGACCUCUCCCGUAACUACUUUGGCCAUCCGGUUGCAUCCUGUUGGUUUUGGAACAUAACAAGCGUCGAGUACCUCGACCUCUCAAAUACCACUCUAUAUGGUCCAUUUCCUGAUGCACUGGGAAAUAUGACCUCCUCCAGUGGCUAGAUUUGAGCAACAUGGGUAACAGAGCAACAAUGACAGUGGAGUUGGGAAACCUAUGUGAUUUGGGAACACUACGGCUAGACCGGAGUCUCUCCUAUGGAAACAUAAUAGAUUUUCUGGAGAAAUUGCCAAAGUGUUCGUCCAACAGAUUGCAAGAAUUGACGUUGAAGAUCAACAAUAUGGUUGGAAAGCUGACGAAUAGGAUGGGACAAUUAAACAACUUACCUAUGCUUGACCUUUCUUACAAUAACAUUACAGGAGCAAUACCGCUAGGCAUUGAUAAGUGCUCUUAUUUAUGGCACUUUGACCUUUCUUACAACCAUCUUACUGGAGCUAUACCAUCAUGGUUGGGGAACUGCACUAGAUUGUGUUAUCUUUUGCUUUCCAACAAUCAACUCACUAGAGCUAUACCCACGGGGUUGGGGAAUUGCACUAGUUUAGAGCAACUUUAUCUUUCAAGUAACCAUCUUACUGGGCACGUGUCAUCCAUGAUUGGUAUGCUCAGUCAUUUGUGCGAUCUCGACCUUAGCAACAAUAAUCUUGAUGGCAUGAUCACAGAAGAACACGUGUUAGCUCUAAAGAACUUAGAGUACAUGGAUUUAUCACACAACUCUUUCUCGGGACCUCUACCAUUACGUUUUGGAUCUCGAUGGUUACGAGAACUGACUUUGUCUUUCAAUUACUUCAAUGUCCAUAUUCCUAAAUAUAUUUGUUAGUUAAAGUUCCUAUUUGUGUUGGAACUAUCAUACAACUUUCUAGACGGAGAACUCCCUCAAUGUUCUCAUGCGCCUAGCUUGGUUUUCCUCCUCUUGAGUAACAACAACUUUUCCGGCAAGCUUCCAUCAUCACUCUGAAACUACUCGAGAUUGAAUUUCAUGGAUCUUUCAAGGAAUAAUUUCUAUGGUACACUGCCGUCGUGGAUUGGAGACUUGGUAAAUUUAAGAUAUCUGCAACUAAGCCACAACUUGCUGCAUGGAGAUAUUCUACCGAAUAUCACCAAUCUAUAUUGCCUUCGUCAUUUGAAUUUAGCCAGAAAUAGUAUAUCUGGAGUUAUACCAUCCUCUUUGUCAAAAUUAACUGCUAUGACACAAGCAAACUCAAAGAAACAUGGGACCGGCAAGUCUUGUAGGUCCAACAACUACGGAGGAAUGACAAAAGAAGUUUGGCUUGUUGUAAUGAAGCGCCAAGAACUUAAGUAUGGCAUUGGAUUUUUUGAUGUGCUUAGUAUUGACCUAUCGCUCAACAAAUUAGUUGGUGGAAUUCCAAACGAGUUAACUUCUCUUAAUGGACUGUUGAAUUUAAACUUAUCAUGGAAUCACUUGGCUGGUCAAAUUCCUUCAAGGAUUGGGGCUAUGGAGUCAAUUGAGUCACUGGACCUCUCAAGGAACAACCUUUGUGAUGAGAUCCCGACAAGCUUGUCAAAUUUGACAUAUUUAAGUUCAUUGGACAUGUCAUAUAACAAGCUUGCUGGAAGAAUUCCCCCAGGCAGUCAACUUGACACAAUCUACUCCGAGAACCCGUCCAUAUAUACUGGUAAUAUUGGCCUGUGUGGCCCUCCUCUCGAAAGGAAUUUCUCAGGAAACAAUGGCGUUGAGCAUGUCAAUCAACAAAACAGUGAGAAGGUCUACGACCCGGUGUUAUUCUUUUACUUUGGACUUGGGUCUGGGUUUGUGGUUGGCCUCUGGGUCGUAUUUUGCACUCUACUAUUCAACAAAGCAUGGAGAGUUGCCUAUUUUCGACUCUUCGACAAGUUGUAUGACAAUGCAUAUGUGUUUGUGUUUGUUACUUGGGGCAUGAUAAAUGACGAGGAAACUA